CUGACAGCUAAAACAGCUACAAAAUGACUGAAUCAGAGCGAAGGGGAGAGUCACUCCAUUACAGUAUCGGCAUCUUGGCUACUAGUGCAGGAUCGCUGCUUCUCGCUAUACAUCAUUACAGCAGAGCCACCACCGAUAAUCUCAUCUCCAGCUCAGCUCUGGGUAUCCUGCUCCUUAUCUUAGCAGCUGUCUUGGUGUAUGCAGGAAUCCGGAAAAGCUAUGGAAACAUUUCACUUUGUGUCACAUUUUACUGGACUGUGUCAUCUCUCUGGUGUGGUUCUGGAGUCAACUUCAUACUGGCAGGAAACAAUGUCCUGGCUGUAACAGACUUGAAGAAUGCUAUGGUUCCAGGGCUAGCAGCUUUCACAUUAGGGCUAUUUAUUAUUGGGAUUGUGGGAAUCCUUCAGAGUGAAGCUGUUGUUGCUUUGAUGGCUUUUGCUCUUUCCUUGUCAUCUGCUCAUGAAAUUGCAAUGUUCUAUAACAGCAGUGUUGGUCCUUCUGCUAUUGCCUGUAACUAUCUAAUUGUCACUUUCAUUGGGGUUUACUUUUUCAGUGGUCGGGCUCUCUUCUACCUCAUUAAGGGGAAAGUUAGACUGCCAGGAACAGACUUGUCUAAAACGAAAGGUAAAGCUCAAGGUGCAGUAGUGCAAAAUUCCAAUAAAGUAGAACUGGCAACCACUUGCCUUUUGCUUAACAUGGUAGCCUCUAGUGUUUUUGGUUGUCGACUUCUACUGAUAACAAAUAAUCUAUUUAUUGGCCAAGUGGCAUGGCUUUGGACUGCCGCCGUCUACCAGACAGGCUUAUGCAUUUUGUCAUACCGUUCUUACAAAAUGGUCGAUGCCACAUGCUUUGCUUUUUUCUCCAUUUUGAGAUUUGCUGAAGGUUACUCACUUUUACACCAAUACUUGGAGACAGGGGAUCUAAAUUUCCCGGUUCCUCUAUUUGUAGUUUUUUCCAUCCUAUUUUUUGUCAUGUCGCUUUUCACAUGCAUAAAAAAUUUGGCGGAUUGUGUGUAUUUACUUUUUUUUGUUGCGUACUGCAUUGCCUUGGCCUGUAAUCCCAGUGCUUUUUUCCACGUGGGGUCACAAGGCGUUAACGUCGCCAUCUAUGUGGUGUCUGCAGUACUGGUUCUCAUUAAGCUCUUCAAUGGAAAGUCUUCAGCGCAGAUCCCAACCGGUGAAGGAACCCUUCAAAAAUUGUUUAUAGGCAAAAACUUUAUAAAACUUCGUCAAGGAAAGGACGUCAAUGAACCGUUCCUUGGCUACUCAAAGUAUAUUGAUGCUGAUGUGCUUGCACAUGCGGGCAGUGUUAUUGCAGCUUUUGCUAUUACAAUGCCCGGUAACCCGUCAGCACCUCUUGUUACAGUAGUGUUACCGUGGGUAGUAGUCGCAGGAGGACUUUAUAAUCUAAUAUGUGGAUCUGUUGCUUUCUCGCGUGGAAAGACUCUUGAGAGUAGUGCUUUUAUUUUAUAUGGCAUAAUGUGGGUUAUCUGGGGAAUUACUCGAUAUGGUGGUCUUUAUGGACCAGAUAGAGGUUUCAACUCUGCUGUAGGUAUUAUCUGUUUUAUUCUCUUCAACAGCUUCAUUCUCUUUACUACACUUUUCUUAUCAAUAGCUUGGUUUCUUAAUUCUCUGACCUUUCAACUUAUCCUCAUUAGCUUUCUUCUAGACUCACUCAAUAGCUUGCCAGCCGGCUUUGAUAUUGCUGUUACUAUUAUAUUUGGCUUAGUUAGUUUCUAUUGCUUUUUUGCAACUUUAUUUAACAGCACUUUUGAAGGAUUCCAAAUCCCCAUUGGUAGCCCUUUUAUAAAAAUUAGUGGCUUUACAAAAGUAAAGUCAAAGUGCCCUCAUCUGAUUUCCACAAGGACCAGUUCAGUCCAACAGAUUGCAGAUAUUAUGAAAAAUGGUGGCAUAUGUGGAAUCCCAACUGAUACCGUGUAUGUUUUGGUGGCUGCCUGCAACCAGCCAGAUGCAGUGGAGAAAGCUUACAAAACAAAGCGUCAGGCUCAAGAUCGGCCAAUGUCACUUUGGAUAUCUAGUCUAAAGCAACUAGAACAAGCAAAGCAUUUGUUUAGCCCUAUUUUGUGGGACUUCAUGGAGGCAGCCUGGCCAUCUUCAAUCAGUUUGGUUAUCCCAAGAGGUGAAUGGCUGGAUUUCUUGGGAGCCAAGGACUCGUCAAAAUAUAUUGGGACCCCCCAAAGUAUUGCCAUUCGGAUCCCAGACUGCACAAUAACAACACAUCUGAUUGAUAUGGUUGGCCCUAUUGCUGUUACAUCAGCCAAUCCAUCAGGAGAAGCAGAUACAACACAUCACAAUCAAGUCUAUGCAAAGUUAGGAGAAAAAGUUGAUGGCGUUCUAUGUGAUGGUGCGUCCCCAGAAAAUAUCGCCUCUACGGUGGUGGACUGCACAAAAAUCGAGAGUGGAAUCAUUCAAUUCUUCAGGGUUGGCAUUGUACCAAAAUCACAGGUACUACAGAUAUUAAACCAAGUUCAACAAAAGAGCAAACUAGGCUGUGAUAAUCAUGCCUUCUCUGCUUCUAUCGAGAAUCUCACCGAAGGGUUUGACAAUUCACAAGAGACUCAAAACACAAACUGUGACAAUAACGGACAAAAAACUUAUAUCAAUGGUGGAUACACUGCAGAUGAAGACGAAGAAAAAUGAUUACACUUUUAUAACAAAUGUUCUUAACAAAACAACACAAACAUCAAAAUUAGACAACUUUCCACCUGUAUGUGCAUGAGCUGGUCUCAUGGACACAAAGUUCAAAUAUAUAUAUAUUUUUUUUAAAUAUGUAUUUUGUUAAUGAA